GGAGCAAAAAUAGUGAUAGUGAGGUUUGUCAGAGAGGCAAAAAGAUUUAAUUGAACCGGGUUGCGAAACAAAGGAGCUGAAAACGGUCUUAUAGACUUACGUAAUUUCCACAGGUUAAGAUCGUGUCGCUCGUGAGCGCGUCAAGGUUAACGACAGUUGAGAAGCUCAUCUUUACCUCUGAUCUUGUCAACAGUAAGUCUUUCAACGAAGCGAGGGUAAUUAAGGCGUUUAGUUUAAUGAGGUUUGCUGCACUUUACAGGAAAAUUGUUGUGCUGCGACAGAACUUUUGGGGCGAGCAACAUUUUUUUUGUUUGUCACCUGAUAUUUUGUAUAUUUAUUAUUUAACAGUCAGUUUGAAGUCCACUGAACCUUCGUAAUGAGUCUUAAUUCCGAGAUGACAAUGGAGGACAGAAGCAGCUGCGCCGGCGGCAAAGAAAGGCUGGGAUUUAGCUUCACUAUUGACUACCUUCUAUUCAAUAAAGGAGUCAAAGGUUCUAAAGAAGAAGCGACAGGAAGUCGUACACCAGAGCAGACGGCAAACAACCUGCUAAAUCAUCAGAAUCCUAAACCCGAAGAGGUGGGGAUUCGCUCCGGCGUGCAGGAGAAGCGGCGGCAGAGGUCAGAGGCAGAGCCCGAGGAGAGGAAAGUCAAAGAAGAGGAGGGGGAUGAUGAGCAACGAGAGGAGGGGGAGGAGGAAGUGACCACCACCACCACCUCUAACGGCGGCGCGCCUGAAAGGUCUGCGGACAAACCCAACCAGUCGUACAUCGCCCUCAUCUCCAAGGCGAUCCUGGCGUCGAAGCAGAAGAAACUGCUGCUGUGCGACAUCUACCAGUGGAUCAUGGACCAAUACCCUUACUUCAAGAGUAAGGAUAAAAACUGGAGGAACAGCGUGCGCCACAACUUGUCCCUGAACGACUGCUUCGUCAAAGCGGGCCGCAGUGACAACGGUAAAGGCCACUUCUGGGCGAUCCACCCGACCAACUACCGGGACUUUUCCAACGGGGACUACCAAUGUCGGAGGGCGCGACGGAGAGUACGCAGGGUGGCGGGACAGCUCCCCUUCUCACCCCUGGCCCCCCCCUACCACCCUGCCCUCGUCCGGUCCCAGAAGACGAGCUACUGGUGCUGCCCUCAAGCCCAAACGCUCCCUCUGUCCUGCUUGGCUCCACGGGUCUACUGGCCCUGGUCCAGCAUGCAGCCACAAUUGGGGUUCCACCCGGGCCUCCACGACUCCGUACCCUGAACAGCUUGUACUGCACUUACAGUUUGACCCGGAAUUACCGUCGGGUAAAAGAUAUAUUUUAGAGUCGUAUUUGCUAAUAAAUACACCGUGUUGGAAAUUAAGUGGACAGUGUAGGAUUAUAUUGUGCAAAUUAAAGUAUUUUAGGGGGUUCGAUGACUUGUUACGGACUUGUUCCGUUUGUGAUCUGAAUGUUUUUAGAAUGACAAAAAAAAGACAAUGUUUUGUUAUAAUCUUAUUAAAGUAUAUUGAAUUCAA